AUGAGUCAUCAUAGUACUCCACAUUUACAUAAUAAGAAGACUCCUGGGGGUUUGGGAGCCGAUAAUGGGGCCAGCGGGACAACGUCGACAAACAAAGGGCCGAUGGACUCAAAUACAAGUAUUAGUGAUUCCCAAGCUUCAAAUGCAAAGCAGCUCUUGAAUGCAUAUGUUUAUGAUUUUCUUAUUAAGAGCAGACUUCCUCAAACAGCGAAAAUUUUUGUAAACGAGGCAGAGGUGCCUUCUGUACAAAAUAGUUCAUCGAGUUCUAAUAACAAUUCACCUCAUCAGAUGGCUACUGGCAAUCCACAAGGUCCAUCUAAUGUAUCUACACCCCAUACACCCAGUGCUAAUACCCAGCAGUUCCAAAAAGAGAAUAACUUACCAUGUUUGGCGUUGGCGAUGGAAGCACCACAGGGGUUUUUGUUCGAGUGGUGGCUGGUAUUCUGGGACGUUAUGCAAGCAAAAAAUAAUAAAGGUGGAUCGCAGUUGGCGACACAGUAUUAUCAAUCGCAGAUGUUGAAACAAAGACAGCAGCAAGAACUUCAAGGAUUGAAUAUUCAACCUAACAUGUUCGGACUCGCAAACGGACAAAUGCAACAGCAGCAGAAAACAUCGAUGGACCAGCAACAAGCCCCACAGCAAUACAAUUCGCAACAACAACAGUUGGAUCCACAACAACAGCAACAACGUUAUAUGAUGCAAAUGAUGAUGAAGCAACAAAUGUCCAUGGGUGGCAACCCUGUAGAUCCUCAGCAACAGCAGCAAAUGUUUGGUAAUAUGCCACCAAAUAACAAUCUUACAUUACAACAGAGAAUGUUCAUUACUCAGCAACAGCAACAACAAUCGCAGAAUAGAAUGCAACAGCAUGCACAGAACCAGAUGAAUAACCUACGUCAACAAGCUGUUGCCGCUCAGCAACACCAUCCACAACAACCACCUGCUCCUGGACAACCAACUUCGCAAGAGAUUUCAAGCCAUGGUUCACCUUCUAACGUUCCAAGAAUGAAUCCCCAAAUAGCUCAAGCGCAGCAUACUCAGCAACCCAAUGGUGUUCAACAGUUUCAACAGCCUCAACAGCCUCUAAUAAAUGGUAAUGGGCAAGCUCAAGCUGCAUUUGCCCAGCCACAAUCUCAAAUGGGAAUGAGAAUGAAUUCCAACGGCAAGCCUACGGUGCCUGGUAACCAAGGCGACAAUAUGUUGGUUCCAAACCCUAAUGCUUCCGAUAAUGGAGCUCCUACCAAUCGUAAUAUGAAUGCCCUUCAAGAUUAUCAGAUGCAAUUAAUGCUACUUGAAAAGCAAAACAAGAAGAGACUUGAUAUCGCAAGGAAUAAUGGCACUGCAGAUCCGAAUGGAUUAAUGGCUUUGAAUUCAGGUAUGAUGCCACCUCAGGCUCAAUUGCAACAAGGGAACUCUCAAAACCAAGCUCUGAAUGCCUCACCUGCUGCAAUCAUAAAUUCCCCCGUUGUUAAUAAUAAGCCUUCACCAACAACCAGUAAUGCUGCUGCCGUAUCCAAAAGGAAGAAGGAUGCGCCGAUUAAAAGAGGUAGAAAACCAAGCGCAACUUCGAUUCCUACUACUAAAGCUUCCAAUGUAAAUAGUGGUGUAACGAGCGCUACGAGUAAUAAUCCUACUAAUAACAGCAAUGUUGGCACAGCAUUCAAAAAAGAGUAUUCUGCACCACUUACACCCGCUUCAGAAUCAGCCAAUGAGACUGUUUCUAAGAGAAAGCGUAGAAAUACUUCUACUACUGAAUCUCCAAAUAAACAAACUGUAACUAAAAAUACAGCCAACAAAGAGAAACCUAUUCCAGAAGAACCUUCCAAAGAUAAAAAGAACGAAGAUGUCGUUCCUUCUGCUAGCACAACAUCCUUUCAGGAUCAACCUAGUGAUCAGAUUUUCCCAGUCGAAAUACUAGGAGGAAAUAACAAUAAUGAUAACCACCUUUUCGGAGCACCCAUGAACAAUGGUGGAUUAGACGACAUUGAUUUUGAUUUCAACCAAUUUUUGGACGGAAGUGGUGAUAAUUCGUUGAACGAUGGAAUGAAUGGAUUUAAUUGGGGAAGUGUGGAUGCUAUUGAAAAUGGUGACUAA